AUGCCUGACUUCAAGCUCUCCGCAACUUUGGAGGGCCAUGGCGAUGAUGUUCGCGCCGUGGUCUUCCCGAAUCCAAAUGUCGUCCUUUCCGCCUCUCGUGAUGCAACGGUUCGGCUCUGGAAGCUUGUCUCCACCCCACCUCCCGCAUAUGACUAUACCAUCGCUGCACAUGGCGGUGCCUUCAUCAAUAGUUUAGCCUACAUCCCUCCCACAUCCGAGUUUCCAGAGGGCCUUGUCCUUUCGGCUGGACAAGACGCAAUAAUCGAAGCUAGACAGCCUGGUAAAGGUGCAGAGGAUAAUGCGGACGCUAUGCUUUUAGGUCAUGGGCACAAUGUUUGCGCUCUAGAUGUCUCUCCGGAUAGUAAAUGGGUUGUCAGUGGUAGCUGGGAUUCCACCGCUCGCCUAUGGAGAGUUGGGAAGUGGGAGUGUGAUGUUGUACUGGAGGGACAUGAGGCAAGCGUCUGGGCCGUGCUGGCCUAUGACGAGAACACAAUCAUCACGGGCUGUGCUGACAAAAUGAUUCGGAUGUUCAAUACCUCGGGAACCCUACUCGGAAGUGUACAGAACUCAAACGACGUCGUCCGCGCCUUGUGCAAGCUUCCUGCUUCGAACUCUACAGGAGCCAACUUUGCCUCAGCUAGCAAUGACGGAAUUAUUCGUCUUUACACACUGCAAGGCCAACUCGUUGCCUCUCUCCAUGGCCAUGAAAGUUUCAUCUAUUCCCUUGCUACGCUCCCAUCUGGCGAGCUGGUGAGCUCUAGUGAAGAUCGUACCGUAAAGAUUUGGAACGGGACCCAAUGUGUGCAGACAAUCACCCAUCCCGCAAUCUCAGUAUGGAGUGUCGCAGCUUGCAGUGAGACCGGUGAUAUCGUCACCGGUGCUAGUGACCGCAUUACUCGUGUUUUCAGCAGAAGCCCUGGUCGUCAUGCAGCCCCGGAGGCCAUACAGCAGUUUGAUCAGGCCGUCAAGGAGUCAGCUAUUCCAGAGCAGCAAGUUGGUAAGAUUAAUAAAGAGGAGCUACCUGGUCCGGAAUUUCUCAAACAAAAGUCCGGAACCAAGGAAGGUCAGGUUCAGAUGAUCCGAGAGCCUGGUGGUACCGUGAGUGCCCACACCUGGUCAUCGGCAACACAGGAAUGGAUUGCUAUCGGUAUGGUAGUGGACUCGGCUGGAAGCAGUGGUCGGAAGACCGAAUACCAUGGUCAGGAUUACGAUUACGUCUUCGAUGUUGACAUAGAGGAUGGCAAGCCCCCACUGAAACUACCAUACAACGCCUCGCAGAAUCCAUAUGAGGCUGCCACUAAGUUUAUUGGAGAUAAUGAACUCCCUAUGACCUAUCUGGACCAGGUUGCCAACUUUAUCACUCAGAAUACUCAAGGUGCCAUAAUUGGACAGUCUCAGGAACCCGAAGGUGCUGAUCCUUGGGGCUCAGACCGACGUUACCGUCCUGGAGAUGCCGCGGCGCCUGAAGAUUCUCAACCACCACCUGUUCCCGAGCCACGCCCCAAGGUGCUCCCUCAGAAGAUCUAUCUCUCCAUCCGCUCAGCAAACCUGAAAGUUAUCACGAAGAAGCUCCAGGAAUUGAAUGCGAAACUUGUGUCUGAUGGAGCAAAGGACGUGGCUUUGAGCCCUUCAGAAGUGGAAACGGUUGUCGCCUUGUGUGGUCAGCUCGAAUCCUCCCAGCAGCUUCAAGUUUCCCCCGUGGUUGAGUCCGGAGUGCCAUUGAUUCUGAAGAUUGUCACAACCUGGCCUGCCGCCAACCGACUCCCUGGCCUAGAUAUCCUCCGUCUACUAGCGGCCGCUGUGCCAUUUACAGCAUCUGCCGAGUACAAAGAUGAAAAUGUCCUCUCGAGUGUGAUAUCCAGUGGUGUUUUUGAAUCUCCUCUUAACGUCAACAAUGCGAUGCUCGCAAUGCGAACAUUUGCUAACCUAUUCGAGACGGCCGCCGGCCGCGACCUGGCCAUGAGCUCAUUUGAUCAGAUCCUGGCAGGAGUGAAAUCUGCCUUGGCUAGCAGCGGAGAGUCACCAAACCGCAACCUUACAAUCGCCAUCACGACACUGUACAUCAACUUCGCGGUUUAUCUUACCUCCGAGAGUAGGAACCAAUCUCCAGAAUCCGCAGAAUGGGGUCUGGUCCUCCUGGAUGAACUAACUCGGAUCAUCGCUGGGGAGAAGGACUCGGAGGCGGUUUACCGAGCACUAGUUGCGCUCGGCACACUAGUGACAGCGCUUGGGGAGGAGGUCAAGAGUGCUGCUAAGGAGGUCUACGAGAUUAACGGUGUUCUCGCGAGAGCCUCUGCCUCUGGUCCUGGGAAGGAGCCUCGCAUCAAGGGCAUUAUUAGCGAGAUCAAGGAGGCUCUCUGA